AUGCAAGUUAAGUUGGAUAGAGAAUAUAUGAAUUUAAAUGUGAUUGGAAUUAAUACAUUUCCUCCUUAUACAAAUAUGACUACUAUUGAUAAUAAUACUAAUAUUAAUAUUAAUAAUAAUAGUAGUGCUCAAUUGCAUAAUCUUGUGGACAACACACAUGUAGAUUACUUUAACUCGUUAUGUUCUUUGAAACCAGAUAUUCAUACAACGUUUACUGCUACCAUUGACAAUCAUAAUAAUCACAACUAUUUCAGUAGUUCAACGGACAUUCCUAUUGAGUCUAUGUUGAAUAAUUAUGGUUUAUUCAACGCAACGACAUCUCAUUUACCUACAUUUACUAGUACCGUAACCACUCGCACAAUCAGUACCAUAAAUAAAAGUAGCAGUACAGUAAAUAAUAACAAUGGUUAUCGAUACUAUCAUGGUCGCAGCUAUUCACGUAGAACGAAUGCAGAUAGGAUAAGAAAGGUAAAACAGUCACGAAUUAAUAGAACUUUACCAUCAUCAUCCCCAUCGUCAUCGUCAUUAUGGUCAGGAAAGACAACAAAAUCAUCAAUAAUAAAUUAUGGCAAAUUUCACAACCGUGGAAUAAGAUUACAUUCAGUAAAACCACCUUAUUCAUAUAUUGCAUUGAUUACAAUGGCUAUUCUACAUUCACCACAUAAACAUUUAACAUUAGGUGGAAUAUGUGAUUUUAUUAUGUCAAAUUUUCCUUACUAUCGUGAACGUUUUCCAGCAUGGCAGAAUUCUAUAAGACAUAAUUUAUCAUUGAAUGAUUGUUUUAUGAAGAUACCACGUGAACCUGGUAAUCCAGGCAAAGGUAAUUACUGGACCUUGGAUCCGAAUUCUUUAGAUAUGUUUGAUAAUGGCAGUUUUUUACGACGACGUAAGCGUUAUAAACGUUUAAGUUUUGACAGUAGCAGCAAUGCUUGUUUUUACAAUUAUUCCGAAUUUAUCGACAUCUGUAACGGUAAAAGACAAAAUAAUGACCGCGUUAAUUUAUUAAAUCAAACUGAGACUUCUACUACCUCUUCUACCGCUAAGGAUAGCAGGAUAUAUAGUAGCAUUUAUCCUCAAGUUAUUGUGGACAAAAACAGUAAUGUACUUACUAACGCAUAUCAUUCCGACUUUGUUAGCAAUACACCUACUUUAAUCAAGACAAAUACUACUACGAAGACAGGUAAAUCCAAUAAUGCUUCAUCACUAAAUGAAAAUGUUUUAAAUGUCUACGCCACCAAAAAUGAUUUGAAGGAUGACUUUAUAGUGGAUAACUGUAUUCAGGAUAAUAAAUAUCUAGAGAAAAAAUCUGAGGACAUGUUAAAGUUAAUUAACAAAACUACUAUUCCAUCAGCGUGUCCAAUAUCUAUGUGUACGCCACAUUCUGUUCAUAAUUCCAAUAUACCUCUGGCAUCAUCAUCAUCAAUGAAUGGACCGUUAUCCCCUUGUUCAGUUGAUUCCAAUAUACCCUAUGUAUUCCAGUCGCUGUUUCAACCACAAAAAAAUUCAAAUAUAAAUAAUCAAGAAUACAUACGAAAUUCACUGUCAUUUAAUAUUGAUCACAUCCUAAAUUCGACUAAGAAGAACAAUGAGACAACCUCAUUACUAACAUCUUCAGUCUUGCCCUCCAAUUCUUUAUCUCAUUCUUCUUCAUCAUCAUCAUCAUCAUCAUCAUUAUUUACACCAUUAGAAAAGAGGAAUUCAGAAGAAGUUAGACCAUUGCAUCCUUCAUCUUUAUUUUCACGUGAGUCUUAUACUCAUUUUUUAUCUAACCUUUCCAACAACACAACUAUAAUCAAUCCUAAAUUAAGUAGUAAUAUCACUGAUGAAAUUAAUUUAUUUAAUGAUGAAAAAUUAUUUCAUCAUGCUUAUUUUAUGCAAAUUUUAUCAAAUCAGAAAUUUACUUUUCCAGAGCAUUUAUCAUCAUAUUGGAAUGGAAUUGAAUCAAUUGAUUGGUUUAAUGCAAAUAUAAAUAUCCAAUUUUUAUCUCAUUUUAUCCAAUCUGUCCUACAUACAAAUUAA